CCGGCCCGCCUCCCUUCCCUCCUCCCUCCCUCCCUCCUCCUCCCGCGCCCAGCCUGCAGCCGGGAUCUCAGUAUUAUGGCAUCGAGGAGAAUGGAGACCAAACCCGUGAUAACGUGUCUGAAAACCCUCCUCAUCAUCUACUCCUUCGUCUUUUGGAUCACAGGCGUUAUCCUUCUCGCGGUCGGCGUCUGGGGCAAGCUUACCCUUGGCACAUACAUCUCUCUCAUCGCUGAGAACUCCACCAAUGCCCCUUAUGUGCUCAUCGGGACGGGCACCACAAUCAUCGUCUUCGGGCUUUUCGGCUGCUUCGCCACUUGUCGCGGCAGCCCAUGGAUGCUGAAACUGUAUGCCAUGUUCUUGUCCCUGGUGUUCCUGGCUGAGCUUGUGGCUGGCAUUUCAGGGUUUGUGUUUCGCCACGAGAUCAAGGACACUUUCCUUAGGACAUACACUGAAGCAAUCCAGAAUUACAACAAGAACGACGAGCGGAGCCAUGCAGUGGAUAACGUACAGGAAAGUCUGAGCUGCUGCGGCAUUCAGAGCUACACCAACUGGAGCACCAGCCCUUACUUCUUCAAACAUGGCAUCCCUACAAGCUGUUGCAUGAAUUCCAGUGAUUGUAAUACUCAGGAUCUGCGCAACAUGACCGUGGCUGCCACUAAAGUAAACCAGAAGGGCUGUUAUGACUUGGUGACCAGUUUUAUGGAGACAAAUAUGGGAAUCAUAGCUGGAGUGGCUUUUGGGAUUGCGUUCUCACAGCUGAUCGGGAUGCUGCUGGCAUGCUGCCUGUCCCGGUUUAUUACUGCUAACCAGUAUGAGAUGGUGUAACAAGUCUUUCAGAAGCGCAAAGUCCAGAGCCUGUGUGAAGAUCAGGAGCUGCAGACCCGGAGGAAGACUGACAUGAAUGUUCUAGCACACACUGUCUCUCGCACGCACGCACACCCACACCCCACGAGCAAGCACGUGCGGCGCGCACACUCGCGAUCCCCCACACCCCCCCACGCCUCCCCUCCUGACCUCUGUCCCCACAUGCGUCGUGUACCAUUCUGUGAAGGUGCCGCCGAGAGCAGCCGAGGCCCCCCCUCGGCCUCCCCCAGCCCCACGGCUCGGGCUGGGCCGGCACCGUGUGUAUGUUCUUGGUCACCCAAUAGUCGCAUCGUAAGUUAACAAAGGUAAUCCAUUAACAGCGUCGAUCGGGCUGUGCAUGUAGUGACUGGAGGGCACCAUUAGCCUCUCACCCAUGGUUAAUAAGUGUUGCACACGUUCAUAGAAACCGGUAUAUGAAAUAUAAAUAUAUAUAUAUAUUCUUUUCUUUUCUUGGUUUUGGGGGGUGGGGGGGAGGGGAGGUGUUUCUCUUAAUUUCUUGGUUUGUUUAUUGCUUUACUAAAGGUUUUCAUCCUUUCUCCACCCCCCCUUGCCGGUCCCUGCGCCUGCCCCCCCACACCCCCCCUCUUUCCCUCUUCCUUUUCCCAGAAACAAAGGAAUCAGUAACAUAACAUAAAGAUACUUGGGAAAAAAAAAAUAAAAAAAAAAAAGAUUUAAAAAAAGAUGUUAAAAUGUUGUGCUUGAAGGGAACCACCCUGGUUAUUUCCUGGUUAUUUCCUGAUGUUCUUCUGCCAUCCCUGGAUUCUUUCUCAGUGUUGUAUGCCCAGUGCGUAUAUCCCGGUAGGCUUUGUCUAGUGCAUUUUGCCUCUGAACCUGAUCCUGUGUAAUACUGUUAACUAAGCUGUGUUGUUGCUUACUGUGAAGGCAGGAAUUUUGCUUCCUUUAUUUUUAUUACUAGCUAGUUAUGAACUAAUUGAACUACGCUGUACUGCGGCCUUCAUACUUUAUUAUUUCCGGCCCCCCCCCCCCCC